UGUUUUGAAAUAAAGUCAGCGCAGCAUGUCGACUUGUUUACCAAUAUUUCAAAACCAACACUAUCAUGAUCAGAGCUUUCUUCGCCGCCGGGAUCUUGUUGAUGGGACAUGAUACAUGGGGUCUCUCCGGUCAUGUUUGCAAACGAGAGAGAGCGGAAACGUAUAUGACGUCAUAUAACCAGGCCUUCCUUUGUCAGGAAAGGUACACAACAAGCUGUGGACACCUGGACUGGAGAAGGUGCACGCGAUACAGGGUACAGACGUGCUACACCCCCCGAGAGAGGUACGCUGUGAGGUAUCACGUGGUCGAGACCUGCUGCCCCGGAUGGAGUGAUGAUGGUACUGGGGCGUGUAAUAUAGCGAUCCUUUUUAAGCCAAUUGUGGAUCUCCCUGCCAGAAUGAGGGCACCUGCUCCGCUGUCGAGGGAACGCCCACCUGUAUCUGUCAGGAUGGUUACCAUGGCGACCACUGUCAGCAUGAGAGGAACUAUUGGGACGUCUGGCAAACAGUUGUCGCCAUUCUCUGUGGAAUACUUGUUGUCAUUGGAACAGCAAUCACAGUAUAUGUCUACCGACGGAAUAGAAAAACAAAGAGGACCAGAAUCACUCCCGUCCUACGGUCGCAGGGUCAAGGACACACAUCCGGAGUUAUCUCCCCCACAGGAGUCCCAGCCGGAGUUAUCUCCAACACAGGAGUCCCGGUCGGAGUUAUCUCCCCUACAGGAGUCCCGGUUCAAACUCCUGACCUACCACACCUCCCUAGUCACGUGAUGCAGACUGCCACCGGGAGUGCCUUUUCCCACCCCUGGGGACCCCAAUUGGUACUCCCCUCUGCUCCGAUGGACUGUUCAGAGACAUAAAGGCUGGAACCGAGUCCAGCAUUACUGAAAAAGUUACAAUAUUACUGAUGCAUAUACGUGUUUACCAUUUAUUAAUCCAUGUGCAUUUUUACUUUAUUGUUUUUACGUUUUAUUUAAGCAUUCGUACUUAUAUAUAAAUAGUUUUCUGUUUCUCUAUCAUAUGCGUGUGUUUGAAUACUAUUACUUUAUCUUUUUUCUGGUGUCGAAUGUCGAUUACGUGUUUACACUUUGUAUGUAUGUAAGUAUAUAUAUAUGUACAUUGUUUUGCCAUAUUUACUGUUCAUCUAUUGCAUGUUUAUGCAGACAAUUGUGUAUAUUAAAUGAUAUGUUCCGUUUAUUACGUCACACUAUAUAUGAUUUGUAACCCCCGGUCCCCAUCAGUUGUGUAUACUAUGAUAUGUUCCGUUCAUUACGUCACUGUAUGAUUUGUAACCCCCGGUCCCCAUCAGGCUGUUUAUCCUGUAGUUAGACAAGCUUUCAGUUAAUAUAAUAUAAUAUCGUAUAUAGAGUGAUCUUUCACUAAGGCGAUAAAGAAAUAUGAAUGAUUCCGAUCCGUUUGUCGCAACCUGGUAAUUACUUGUCUCGCAUGAGUAUCAUAAAGAAUUUUAAAGAAAUUUCAAAUGCUAAUAUUUCGUAAGACUUUUGUUUAGUGUGUAAUAAGGUAAUAAAAUUGGGGCAAAAGAA